AUGAAAGAAGCCCCGUCCGAAGAAAACACGAAGCAAUAUGAUAAUAAAACAGAGAAUUAUGAUGAAAUAAUAUUAGAAAAAAAUAAAAUUAAGGAAAAAGAUAUGAAUAAAGUUUUAGUUGAUAAGUCUGAUCCAAUUAAUAUGGUGCCAAACGAAAUAUCUUCAAAGCAAACUCAAACUUCGUCAAAAUGCAGUGUAAGGGAAGAAGAAAACUUGGAAUUGAUUCAUCGAGAUACCGAAAAGUCACAAGGAAUUAUUACGAUAAACGAAGGAAACAAAAAGGAAUAUUUGGAUCCAGAACUCGUAAAACUUGAAAAGAUUCCCAAGUUUGAACCAUUGAUAAAACCUCACACUGAUUCAGGUUUUAUACUUGGAGGACUGUGGGGUUCAACGUCACAAAUACACGAAAAAGAACCAUCUUUUGGAUAUGAGUCAUUAUACAAUUUUUCCCUGAUUUACCAAUCGUACAUUAAAAGAUGUGCUGAUGAAAUUUGUGAAGAUCAGCGAUUAGUAAUGGAUACAGUGAAAUCAGUUGACGAAUAUUGUGCACAAAUCAAUCAAUCAAUAACAGAAACACAAUUACAAGUGAAAACAAAUCAUGAGCAAAUUAGUGUUGUUAAUGGUCUCAUAAAACAAGUGGAAAAAACACAUAAACUAGUCUAUGAAAUAUUUCAAACGUUAAACAAAUUGGAAAAAUUAAUACCAGAAGAAGGACUGUUUAGAGAUCAGAAUUCCAAAUGGCCAAUAAUUCACAAAUUGUAUUUAACUGCCAAACAAAAGCCAAGUCAAGGUCACACUAUAAAAAUACCACAACGUACGAACCCUAGUGUUGUUACUGUAUCACAAUAUAAUGUAUUGUCAGAAAAACAUCAAGAUUCCGAUACGCUCAGUCCAGUUAAAAGUACAGAUUGGAUGACAUCAAAUGUUCAAAACAUUAUUUUAGGAGAAAAUACCAAUUCAGGUCGUUUCAAGGAGAUACUUAUUAAUCCGAUACGUGAAGGAUUCAAGCGAAUCGUUAAUAUUUCGAGUAUCAAUGCUAUUUCAUCGUCACCAGAGCCAUAUACGCUAUCAAAAAAUAUAGGAACAGAAUCACUUUCCAUAUCACCUACUUCAUUAGGGUUGAAUCUGUCUAAUACCAGCCAAUCACCAACUUCCGGAACUGUGUCGUUACUUACAGAUAUGCUUAAACGAUCUACAUCGCAAAAAGAAGAAGAUUCGCAAAAUAAAAUAUCAUCAAAAGAGAAUAAAAAAAAAUCGAAAAAAUCGGGAAUUAUUAAUAAGCAGACAAUAUCUGAAUCUGGUAGCGAAGGACUUUUAAUAUCAACUGAUAAUACACGUUCUAUUAUCACAAAAAGCCAAGAGGAAGAAAGCUUGAGUGACAGUGAGGAUGAGGGUUACGAUGCAAAAGAGCGCGUUAUUAGACCGAUAAUGUUUUGA